AUGUGGAGCCCCGUGCUGCGCCGUGCCUGCCAGGCGGUGGGUGACAUUCUGCGCCCCCGCGAUGUCCCCAAUGCACCUGAGCGCCCGAGUUUUGUGACCAUUGCCACAGAGUCAUGGGACAUCAUCUUCAUCAUUUCAGCUGACCCCCUCUAUGUGACCGUUCCCCAACCCCAGCAGGCAGUGCACCUCUUGUCACCGUUACUUCUGUUAGCUGGGGCUGCUCCUGAUCCCAGUCCUGGAAAUUCAGAAAGUGGGCAGAGCCCGGACACCAGAGAGACCAGCUUCCUCAUCUCUAAAGAGCGACAGCCAUCGCCUGAGAAGAGAUUCAAUUUGUUCCUGAGGAGGCGUCUUAUGUUUCAAAGAAGUGAGCAAAGCAAAGACUCAAUCUUCUUCAGAGAUGGAAUUAGGCAGAUUGACUUUGUCCUUUCCUAUGUGGAAGAUCCAAAGAAAGACUCGGAGAUAAAGGCAGAGAGAAGACGGGAAUUUCAUCUAAAUCUCAGGAAAACAGGUCUUGAGUUGGAAGUUGAAGACAAAAUGGACUCUGAAGAUGGAAAAACCUUCUUUGUGAAGAUCCACGCCCCAUGGGAGGUCCUAGUCACUUAUGCUGAAGUACUGGGAAUCAGGAUGCCUAUUAAGUGGAGUGACAACCGGCAGCCAAAGUACCCACCCCUGAGUUACAUGCUUGGACCUGUGAAGCUCCCAGCCACUGUGAAGUAUCCUCACCGUGACUACUUCACUGCUCAGUUCAGCAGAUACCGUCAGGAUCUCUUCCUCAUCGAAGACCAGGCUACUUUCUUUCCAUCCUCGACGAGAAACAGAAUUGUUUACUAUAUUCUGUCACGAUGCCCUUUUGGAGUGGAAGAAGGGAAGAAAAAGAUUGGGAUCGAAAGACUGCUGAACUCCGGCACGUACUUAUCUGCCUAUCCACUCCACGAUGGCCAGUAUUGGAAGCCAUCAAGAACUCCUACUCACAUCAAUGAGAGGUACAUCCUUCGCCAGAACUGGGCUCGGUUUUCUUACUUUUACAAGGAGCAGCCUUUAGAUUUGAUUCGGAAUUAUUUUGGUGAAAAGAUUGGUAUCUAUUUUGUGUUUCUCGGGUAUUACACAGAAAUGCUGUUGGUCGCAGCUCUGGUUGGCUUAGCCUGCUUCAUCUAUGGCUUAUUAUCAAUGGAAAAUAACGAAACUAGCACUGAAAUCUGCGACCCUAACAUCGGAGGUCGGAUGAUCAUGUGUCCACUUUGUGAUGAAUUGUGUGAUUACUGGAGACUGAACACCACAUGUUUGCAUUCAAAGUUCUCCCAUCUAUUUGAUAAUGAGUCAACCGUGUUCUUUGCAAUCUUCAUGGGGAUCUGGGUCACACUGUUUCUGGAGUUCUGGAAACAGCGACAAGCCAGGCUUGAGUAUGAGUGGGAUCUGGUAGACUUCGAAGAAGAACAUCAGCAGCUCCAGCUGAGGCCUGAGUUCGAAGCCAUGUGUAAACGAAAGAAGAUAAAUCCUGUAACGGAGGAGUUGGAGCCACACAUGCCUCUGUGCCACCGCAUCCCAUGGUACUUUGUGUCAGGGACCACAGUGGUCUUCGGGAUGGCUCUCCUCCUCAGCAGCAUGGUGUCCAUCAUCGUGUAUCGCCUGUCAUUCUUUGCCACCUUUGCCACCUUCAUGGAAAGUGAAGCCACCCUGCAGAAUGUGAAGAGCUUCUUCACCCCCCAGAUGGCCACCUCUCUCUCCGGAUCAUGCCUGAACUGCAUUGUCAUUGUGAUCUUGAAUUUUUUUUAUGAGAGGAUAUCUGCCUGGAUUACAAAAAUGGAAAUUCCUCGAACUUACCAGGAGUAUGAGAGCAGUCUCACUCUGAAGAUGUUUCUCUUCCAGUUUGUGAAUUAUUACUCGGCUUGCUUUUAUGUGGCCUUCUUUAAAGGGAAGUUCAUGGGCUACCCUGGGAAGUACACAUAUAUGUUUAACGUAUGGAGAAGUGAAGAGUGUGAUCCUGCAGGCUGUCUGGUAGAGCUGACAACCCAGCUAACCAUCAUCAUGAUUGGGAAACAGGUUUUUGGAAAUAUCCAUGAAGCCUGUCAACCCCUGAUUUUUAAUUGGUGGAGACGUCGAAAAACCCGAACCCACUCUGAGAAACUAUACAGUCGCUGGGAGCAAGAUAAUGACCUUCAGGUUUUCGGACAACUUGGGCUGUUCUAUGAGUACUUGGAAACAGUUAUUCAGUUCGGGUUUGUCACAUUGUUCGUGGCCUCUUUUCCCCUGGCCCCCCUGUUUGCUCUCAUGAACAACAUUGUAGAGAUCCGCGUGGAUGCCUGGAAGCUGACGACUCAGUAUAGGAGACCUGUCGCUGCGAAAGCUCACUCCAUAGGUGUCUGGCAGGACAUUCUCUAUGGAAUGGCCAUCCUUUCUGUUGCAACUAAUGCCUUCAUUGUUGCGUUCACAUCUGACAUCAUCCCGCGGUUAGUUUACUUCUAUGCCUACUCAUUGAAUUCCACGGAGCCCUUGAGUGGGUAUGUCAACAACAGCUUGUCAGUGUUCCUGAUAGCCGACUUCCCCAACCACACAGCACCGGCGGAAAAGAAAGACUUCACCACUUGCAGGUACAGAGAUUACAGGUACCCUCCUGAUCAUGAGAACAAGUAUGCCCAUAACAUGCAGUUCUGGCAUGUCCUUGCUGCCAAGCUGGUCUUCAUCAUAGUAAUAGAACACGUCGUGUUUCUGUUAAAAUUUUUAUUGGCCUGGAUGAUACCCGAUGUUCCAAAAGAUGUCGUAGAGAAAAUCAAACGAGAAAAGUUAAUGACUAUCAAAAUUAUUCAUGACUUCGAGCUCAACAAGUUGAAAGAAAACUUGGAUAUUGAACAUAAUAACAUCGUUAAGGAUGGCACAGUGGAAGAUGUCAUAUCCCCAACGGACAAAAUCCCUGUCUAA